AUGUCUCUGCCAGUACCUGGUAACCUUCUGUUUCCUCCCUCGCAGGACAACAGUCGACGGGUGGACAACGUGCUGAAGCUCUGGAUCAUCGAGGCCCGGGAGCUGCCUCCCAAAAAGCGCUAUUACUGUGAACUGUGCUUGGACGACAUGCUGUACGCGCGCACCACCAGCAAACCCCGCACCGACACUGUCUUCUGGGGCGAGCACUUUGAGUUCAACAACCUCCCGGCCGUCCGCAACCUCCGCCUCCAUCUCUACAAAGAGACGGACAAGAAAAGACGCAAGGAGAAGAGCACGUAUCUAGGACUGGUCAGCAUCCCCAUAUCCAGUAUCACCGGUCGGCAGUUCGUAGAGCAGUGGUACCCUGUGAUCCAGCCCAGUGUCAUGGCCAAAGGAGGGGGCGGGGGAGGUGGCAAAAUCAUCAAUGCCUCGUUGCGGCUCAAAUCUCGCUACCAGACCAUGAGUAUCUUGCCAAUGGAGCUGUACAAAGAGUUCGCCGAGUACGUCACCAACAACUACCGAACGCUGUGCGCUGUAUUGGAGCCCCUACUGAGUGUUAAGAGCAAGGAGGAGGUGGCCUGUGCUCUGGUUCACAUUCUCCAGAGUACAGGGAAGGCGAAGGACUUUCUUUCAGACAUGGCGAUGUGUGAGGUAGACAGAUUCAUUGAUCGAGAGCACCUUAUCUUCAGAGAGAAUACCCUGGCCACCAAAGCCAUAGAAGAGUACCUCAAACUCAUUGGACAUAAGUACCUCAAAGAUGCUUUAGGUGACUUCAUCAGAGCGCUGUAUGAGUCAGAGGAGAAUUGCGAGGUUGAUCCCAUGAGGACCCCACCUUCUGUUCUGCCUGACCAUCAGGCCAACCUACGCAUGUGUUGUGAGCUUGCUCUCUGCAAAAUCGUCAAUUCUCAUUGUGUGUUUCCACGAGAACUGAAGGAAGUCUUCGCUUCUUGGCGAGUGCGCUGUGCUGAGAGAGGGCGGGAGGACAUCGCGGACCGUCUGAUCAGCGGCUCCCUCUUCUUACGCUUCCUUUGCCCAGCUGUCAUGUCCCCCUCCUUGUUCAACCUCACCCAGGAGUACCCUGAUGAGCAGACGUCACGCACGCUCACCCUUAUAGCCAAAGUGCUGCAGAACCUCGCCAACUUCUCCAAGUUUGGCAGUAAGGAAGAGUACAUGUGCUUCAUGAACGAGUUUUUAGAGAUGGAGUGGGGUUCCAUGCAACAGUUCCUGUAUGAGAUCUCCAAUCUAGACAGCGUAACAAAUGCAGGUGCUUUUGAGGGCUAUAUCGACCUUGGAAGAGAGCUUUCCAUUUUGCACAGCCUUCUGUGGGAGGUCAUGGCUCAACUCAGUAAGGAUGCCAUCAUUAAACUUGGACCAUUACCCCGCUUACUGAAUGAUAUUAGCAUGGCCCUCCGCAAUCCCCAUCUCCAAAGGCAGCCCAGUCACCAGCCGGACAGGCAGCCUCCCGAGAGACAGACGGACAGGCUGCUGUCUCGGCCAAGCUUCAACAGAGGCAUCUCCUCUGAGUUUCAGAACAUCAUGAUGAGAGACCUCAACAGUUCCAUAGAUAUCACUCGCUUGCCUUCCCCAACCUCUGCUAUGUCCAGUGGUGGGGUCCCUCCAUCACGAGCUGGAAUGGGGGGCUAUGUGGAUCGAGACCAUCCUCAUAGGGCUUCUUCUAAAGAUGUUUUCUAUGUCACCCGUCCCCCACUAGCCCGGUCUAGCCCUGCAUACUGCACUAGCAGCUCUGAUAUCACUGACCCUGACCCAAAGGACUCAAGAAUGAACAGCGUCUCUAACCUGCAGUCUGUGGGGGACAUGCUCAACUCUUCCCAGGCCUCGCUUGCCGGCCUCGGCAGCUUCGGUGGUCUCGGCGGCCUGGGCGGAGGUCUUGGAGGCCAGCUGCGUGCUGGUGGGCGGAUGUCGGCAGGGUCGGGCGGCUCCAGCAUGUCCGGUGGCCUGCGGCUGAGCCAGCUGAGCCAGAUGGGGACCACCACGGACUCGUUGUCACAGCAGCAGCAGCAGCAAGCGGCCGCCAUGCGCUAUCCACUCUCCUUCCAGAACCCCUUGUUCCACAUGGCCGCCGACGGCCCGCAGCUUCAUCACCAGCACAGCCGGGCACAGCCCCCUCCGCCCCUCCUGCUGGCACCAGAACCAAAUGCCGCGCACCCCACAUACAUGCCCCAGUUCGCCCAUGGCGGCUUUUCCCGGAGCGAGGACCUCUCCACUCUCAGGCCUGGGCCACACCUAGGCCAGCCCAGCAUCAUUCACUCGCACAGCUACAGCGACGAAUACAGCCGCCACAACCAGAGUGAUUACGGCCGGCGGCAACUCUCUAUGCACAUCCAGGACAACCUUCAGCAGCAACAAAUUAUGGGCAUGGCCUCACAAACAGGCACAUCUCAUUCCUCACUCGCCUCGCCCCCCUCUACCGUCCAGCCUGUCCGUCAGAGCUCCAUGGCCCCACCUCCCACACAACGAAUGAAAUCACAAACCUCCCAUCAGCUUUCUGUAAGCUCGGCAGCCGGCGCCACCCCUCCCACCAAGGCGAGGCCUCAGAGCGGAAACCUGCUCCAGUCACCCGAGUCAGGCUUCGGGGGCAGGCCACAAGGCCCCCGACAGCAGCUGUCCGUCAAGGACAGCUCCGCCCCUGGCCUGCCUCAUCAGCAGAGCUCUACCAGGGAGAGCCAGGGAUCCCAAGGCUCUCAGGGGGGGACGCCACAAUCAACACAGCAGUCGCAAAAGGAACGGCAACACUCACAGCAACACUUACUCAAGCCUUCCAUCAGCAAACAGGGCUCAUCUCCCAACACUCUAAACCCACCCACCCCUGCUUCAGAGAGGACGGUUGCCUGGGUGUCUAACAUGCCACACCUCUCUGCUGACAUUGAGAGUUCUCGCAUAGACAGGGAAGAGUUUAAGCUGAAGGAGUAUUCGAAAAGCAUGGACGAAUCUCGUUUAGACAGGGUUCGGGAGUACGAGGAGGAGAUCCAUUCCCUGAAGGAGCGCCUGAUGAUGUCCCACCGCAAACUGGAGGAGUACGAGCGGAGACUCCUCACGCAGGAGCAGCAGACCAACAAGAUCCUGCUGCAGUACCAGAGCCGGCUGGAGGACAGCGAGAGGAGGUUGAGGCAGCAGCAGCUGGAGAAGGACUCGCAGAUAAAAGGAAUUAUUGACAGACUUAUGGCAGUGGAGGAUGAGCUGAGAGCAGGGGCAGUAACUGAGCACAAAACCAGGAUUUUUGCAGACCAGGGGAGGCGGCAAUCCAUCCUAGUGCAGCCCCGCCUCGCGCCCGUCCCACCUCGAAUGCACAGAGCAGCUUUCCUCCCUGGGUUCUCCAGACCCCGGUGUGAGUGUUGGCGGAGGAGAAAAGACCACCGCUCCUGGCUUUGUAGUCUCUUCCUUGGACAUCUCCUCCGACAACGCCCCCCAGAACGGAGCCCCGCCCCCCCACGUAGUCCCCCCUUCUCAGUCCCCUCCUCUCGCCCACCUCAGCCGGAAUGGAGAGCUUCGUGGCAGAGCUGCUCCAGUGAAAGCCUCUGUUGCGACUGGGACCACAGCAACACUGAGCGUGGGAACUGGCGUAGCAGGAGGGGGAGCAGGUCACUAACAGUGCCACCCAGAUCAGAGUGAAAAUGCACCAUUUGUAUGACCACGGAAGAAAAACUAACAUCCCUCACUCCUACUCUCAUUUUAUGAGUAACAGUGAAGAUGUUACAUCCAUUCUUUUUCUCGGUUUUUGUGCGUUAGACAGAAUGAGAGGCAGCGCACAUUCUUACACCAUCCACACCAAACAACAAAAAGGGCUUUCUGGUGGAUCCGGUAUUUCCUUUUAAUCAACUUUUUUUUUUUAAAGGCUUCUCCAUCUUAUUACUGUGGUCUGACGAAUCGUUGGUAUUUCUGCAAUCUUUGAUUUAGGAACCAAACGUGGGUCAUUACAGAUUCCUGUGAACUGUCUGAAUUCCCUGAUACUAUGAUUUCUUUUUAUUUUGUUUCUUUAAUUAUUGGAGGGAAACAAUCAUGUGGGUGAUUGAUCUCUUGAGUGCUGUGUGGGAAAAAAAGACAUAAUUAACUAAAUGUGAGUAAAGGUGUAAACCUGUGAAAACGCCAGCUUUCAAGGUCCUCUGAAGGAGAUAGACUUUAUUGUUCUGUUUCUGGCUUCCUUAGUGCCUUUUCUGUAUCUUUCAACAGGGUUUUCAAACUAAACAGGUUUGGCUUUUGCUUCAUUUGUCACGUAAAAGUGCCCCAGAUGGUAGAUUGAUCAGUGACUCUGACCCAGAGGAACAGGGCUGCUGAAGUUUAGGCUGCAUAGUCCUGAACGUGCAAAGAGUGCAAAGGUUUUUUCAUAGAUUCACUCUUCUGAGAAGUGCUUGUGGUUCUCAAAUUGUAAUUAAGGGCCUAGCCUUGCUAGAAUGAACUUGUGCAAUGUUUUUCUCUUCUCAAUCUCAGAACCUAUGUGUGAUGAACUGGUGCUAUAGAUACAAAAAAAAAAACAAAAAACAGUGCCAUUUCAAAAACGAAUCUGUCACAGCACUGCCUCCCAUCCUCCAACAACCCUGGUCAUUCAUUUGUCUUUGACGCUACUGUCCAUUUUCCCCACGAACUGUGCUAUGUGAUGGCAUCCUUGUGUUAAUAUCUUUUUUUUUUUUUUUGCAUCUGUGUAUGUGUUCAUGGCCUACAUGGAAAGUGAGGUGGUCUCUGUCAAGAGAACCUUUUUUAAAAUUAUUUAUUUAUUUGUUUGUUUAUUUAUUUAUUUAUUUUAAUUAUGCCAGUAGGCCAAUUAUGGCAGCUGGAUGCUACCAUGAGCAGCAUGUCUUCACAGUCAAAUUUGUUUCAGACAAGGCAUCAGUGUGAGUGUUGCGUUUUGACAGUAAUUUAUUUUUCCAGCUCGACUAAAGAACAAUUCUCACAGGUACAGGGUUUGAUACAGGGAACUAAUAUGUGACAACUUCAUUAUGUGUGUAUGUAGCCUACAGUUUUAUUUAGGCUUUUGAUAUGUAGUUUUACUUAUGAUAAAGUAGCUCAACCCUCUCCUUUAUCUAGAAAUUUCCCAAACAUUCUAUUGGUAAUGACUUAAUGAUCUUGAUAUAAAAGCUGCACAUAAAAUAACUGUACUGUACAAAAACAUGCCAUGUGUCUGUGUUUGUAUUGCUACUGUCUAUAACUUAUUUUUAUGUCCUUUGUUGCUACUUUCAUUAUAUUCCAUUUCCAUGUUAUUGUGUCUAUUUGUGUAGGAUGUAUGAUUAACAUAUUAUAUUGUUUAUUCAUUCAAAAAUGUCAUAAUCACAUAUGCAUGUGAGUCAGCCAAUGCAGGAAGCUUUGAAAUGUCUAUUUUCUGAAGAAUCUAUUGUUAAAAUCAUCAUACCCAUAACACUGCUGACAUGAAUAUAGGCCUUAUAUGAUUCUUUGUUAAGUUCUAAAGUGCUCAGAUUGAGUUCAGUGGUAAAUUUAGCCACAGUUAUAUAACAGGCCGAAACAAGAGCAAGGAUUCAAAUAUUAACUGCACAAUAAAUACAAACUGAGCUGUACUGUAAUUACAAAAUCUGAGUGGGCAUUUAGUCUAGAAAGAAUGGACUGAUUGCCUAUUUAGCUUUCUUUCCUAGAGUCUAGAGGGCUGUAUUUCAAGUGAUUUGUACUCCAUUCAGUAAUAAAACAGACAACAUGUUGCAUCUUAGAAGUAGUUAAGGAACAUGAGCUACAGGGUCUUUGGUUGGUAAAUCUAGAGUGCCAUGUAUAUACCUCAGACUUAGAAAUGAAAGACUCAGGUAAACAAUUAUUUGCCUCAUAGCAUAAAGCAAAUUGAACCACAGUAAAUAAUGAGUAAAUAAUGACUGCCUGUUGGUACUUGGUCCAGCUCUUCUAAAAAAAACUAAAAUUUAAAAAAAGUAGCAGUGAUUGGCUAGCAGCUCAUCAAGCACGUCCCCACCCCUUUUCCACUCUCUUUGUAUCCCGUCUCUCCCUCCAGCCAAUCACACAGCGUCAUGGAGGACAAUCUGGAACCUAAUUGGAUGCCUCAGCUAGGACAGUCCUCGGGAUGGCACGGCUAUAAUGUGAGGGCA